CACUGAGGCAAGGCGAGAGCAGCGAACGAAGAGAAACGUAUCGGAAUCGGAGUAAAAAUGUCCGCACAAUUGCAUUCAGAACUGUCCCCGCGCGACGACGACGACGUUGUUGGACAAUGAAUCCUGGUCUAUGGGGAUGCCUGAUACCCUGUGGACUGUCAUACUGGUGCGAGAGUAAGAGUGGCAGCGAUCCAUGCAUUACUACGGAGAUGGGAGCAACAGCGUCAACGGACUGUCCCGGCUCUAGUGGCGGCGUAGGUGGAGUAGGCGGUGCAGGAGGAGGAGGAGGAGGUGGGAGUGGUGCAAGCGGAGCGGUCGGUGGCGGUAACGGAGGCAUGCUGGGGAUCACGUCGACUGCCGGUAUCACCACAACACCACUAACAUCAGCCAGCGGUAGUGGUAGCGGUGGCUACGGACCAAUGUGCGGCGUUGGUGGUUCGGGUGGCACCGGUCCUGGUGGUGUGGUACGCGAGCGUCGCAAAAAGGUGACCGGCUUUGCGACGCUAAAGAAGAAACUGAUCCGACGACGACGCUCGUCGAAAGCCUGUGAUCAUGGUCGCGUGCUACGCGAAUUCGUCUCCAGCUGGAGCCCGAUGGAACUGUCCGCACUGCUCGAGGAGUACGAGUCGCUGGCGGCACUGAAAGACCUCUCGGUGCAGGCAGAACUAGCCCGGCCACCGGCAACCACGUUCAAGCAGGAUCUAGCCAGCCUGUACGAUUUCAAGCACUGCACCGAUUGCGAUCUAGUAUUCCGUGGAACGGUGUUUCCGGUCCAUCGAGCGAUCCUGUCGGCGCGUUGCUCUUACUUUCGCGAUCUGCUAGCCGGGUGUCCCGGAUACGGGGCGCGCAUUUGUCUCGAGCUACGUUCGUCGCCGGUAGACGUGGCAAUGUUCUCGUCGUUGCUGCGCUACCUCUAUACUGGGGACCUGUGUACACACGAUCCGACCAUAGAUGUAAGUCUGUUACGUAGGUUAGGGGAAGAUUUCGGCACGCCCAACCCGCUCGAGGACGAUCUGAGCUAUCUGCUGGGAACGGGCGACUACGCAGACGCAGCCAUAGUAUUCACAUCCGAGGGCGGCGAUUAUCAUCGGCCCGAUUCCGGCAGCUCGGAGUAUGGCUUUCGACCCAAGCUAGAGCUACCGUGUCACAAGGCGAUUUUGAGCGCCCGGUCGCCCUUCUUUAAGAACAUGAUACAGCGGCGGACGCGAAAUAUCUCCGAGGAGCAUCAGCUGCACGGGACGGAUCGAUCACUGCACGCAACGACACGAAUCGUACUGGACGAAGGCGUCAUCCCGAAACGGUACGCACGUGUGCUGCUGCACGCGAUCUAUCUGGAUACGGUGAACCUGUCGUUGAUCUUGCGUGGCAAUGGUUGUGGUAGUGGGGCGGGCAGUCUCGGUGAAGUACAAGCGCUGACGCACACCGGUCGCGCCAGACCUUCACCACUCGAAGAAGCGAUGGAACUGUACCAGAUUGGGCGCUUCCUCGAGCUUGAUAUACUAGCGCAGGGCUGUGAGGAUUUGAUACUGGAAUGGUUGUCGCUCGACACGCUCGCGACGGUGUUGCGCUGGGGCAGCCAACCGCACGGAUCGGCCUGGGUGUACCGGCAGGCCUGUCACUAUUUGCGGGAAGAGUUUUCGGCAAUCGUCGGCUCACCGGUACUGUUUCAAUUAGAUAAGUCGCAACUCAUCGAAGCGCUGCAGAACAACUUCCUGCAAGCGUCGGAGCUGGAGGUGUUGCAGGCGGUGCUAAAAUGGGGCGAACAGGAGCUUAUUCGCCGUAUGGAAGAUCGGGAGCCAAAUCUGCUCAGCCACACGGCACAUUCCGUCACACGGAAGGGCAUCAAGAAACGCGAUCUGAGCGAUGUCGAACUGCGCGAAAUUCUGUCCGAACUGUUGCCGCACGUUCGCAUGGAUCAUGUGUUGCCACCGAACAACGAAAUCCUCAACCAGGCUAUACGCCGCGGGUUGGUGAGCACACCUCCGUCCCAUAUGAUUGGCGACGAGCGGGAAAGCUUGCGCAUUAAUGCGUGGAUUCGUGGCGGAAAGAACCAUGGACUGUUUGUGCGUCCACGGCUCUUUAUGCCUUACUAUGAGGAGGUGAAGGUACUGCUGGAAGAUCACAUCGCGUCGCAGCAGAUUGAAUUGCUGCGGAUGAGGCGCUCACGUCAUCACAUGCCUGAUAUUCCGGAUACGCUGUACAUGGUUUCGCGAUUGAAUAGCAAUGCUGGCACAACGCUCGGUGGUGGAUCCGCUGCCGGUGUGGACGUUGUCGCAGCGACAACCGCACCUAUUCCCGCACCGGACGCACAAACGAUGGAGUCGAUGCAGAAGCGAGACCAGAAGUUGCGGCAAGCACCCGGUUGCCAGCGGGCCCUAGCGUUACCCCUUUCCAGUCGCUCGGAAAUUAACCGACAGAUUCGACUACGCGUCGUGCGAGAGUUUAACUUUCCGGACGAGGUGGCCGAUCUGCUCGAGAGCGCCAAUUGCUACUGCCAUGACGGGGAACCGAAUGGGGCGAACAGUAAAGGUCCGUCAGAUUAUGACCAUGACACUCACCACCAUCACCAUGCGCAUCAUCAUACACACCAUCGGCACGAUCUGCACACCAGUCAGCAGUCGCUGGACGAUGAAUCAACGCCACCUCCGUCGCCCGCUAUGCCCAGUAACGACCUGGAGGCACAGGCCUCAGUCCACUGCUUCGGACGCAACAUGACAUUCCCUCGUCAGCAGCAGCAGCAGCAGGCUCAGCAGCCGCAAUAUCCUGCACAGCAGCAACCGUCAGCGCACCAUUCACAGCGGACCUCGAUGACACCACACUCAAUGCUAGCACAUGGAGUGCACGGAUCUGGUGGAAACAGUGUGUCCGGCCCUACCGGUCACCAUGCGUCGAUGAAUAAUCCACUCGCAUUGAUAAGCGGAACGCAUCGACGGCAGGAAUUACCUUCGGUGAUUCCGGGUGGAGACAUCGUGGCGUAUCGCCUAUCGGCUCCGGCAGGUAGCGGCGCUGUUGGUCCACCGGGAGGUAUCGGUGGCGGUGGCUUGGAUUUGAAUGAAAUCGGAGCAUGCUCGGAGGGUCAUCUGUCGGACGUUAUGCCCGAUGUUGCCAUGGCAACCGCAUCUCUUGGUCAGCUGCAUCUUGGUGGUGGUGGUGCUGCAUCCGGUGGUGGUGGUGGUGCAGGCAAUGGUUCUGAUGUACCGGAAAGUUUGCAUCUGGAUUUAGGAGAUGGACCGAGUCACAUGAUUGGUGGUGGUGGUGGUGCGGCCAUUGGUGGACUACAUCACAGCAUUACGCACCAUCGUAUGACACCCGCAACUACGACAUUCCAUCACUACAUGACGCGAAAUCUACUGAACCCUAUGCACCCAUCAACAUCUCAGCAAUCGACAUCACAAUCCCAGCAACAGGUGCAUCAUUCGGCCCUGCAACCAUCUGCAUCGUCAUCGUCUUCGUCCUCAUCAAUGCUGCUGGGUGGUGGUCACUCUAUUUCCUCUCAGCUGCACGGAUCGCAAGCCUCUCUAGCACACAAUGGCCAACAGCAGCAGCAGCAACAGCAGCAACAACAACAACAUCACGGUUCACAGCAAUUAUUAAACGUGGGCGGAUCUGCAGCACAUCCGCAACAGCAACAACAGCCACAGCAAUCAUCGCAGCAACAAUCGCUGGCUCAGAGGUCUUCCUCGCCGUAUACGCUGCAUCGUGCAAGUCCGAGCUUGCCCCAUAGCUCAUAUCACUCCGGACCACCGCGAUUCUUAUAGAAAAGGCUGCACGUUUAUCCAGAUCGUAAUUGCCUCUUCGUAAUGCCUUUCUAAGAACAAAAACACAAAA